GGCCAUUUUCCCACGCGAUGAAAAUAGUCUCAAAUAGAUCAUAUUAUAGCUAAGUACAAAAAACAAUUGUGGAAUAUUUAUUGAUUCUGAUUAAUUCGCAUUCAUGAUGGAGGCAGUUCGUGCUUUCAACAAUGAGGUAAAUUUAUCAAAGCUGCAUCUCUUUGCUAAAUCUCCUGUGUAUAUUGUGUGUUGCAGUUUAACCUUUUUAGUUUUUAGUGUCUUUUUUCCGUAUUCUAUUUCAUUUCUAUUACUAAUUUUGAGUUAAUAAUAAUAAUUAGUAUUAAUUACUAGUUACUAGUACUUACUUGCUCCUAUCCUACUUUUGGGCAGAAAGUUCUUACUGAUUACUGCUAAAACUAAAAUGACUUCGUAAGUUAGUUAUUGAGACUGGUAAAAAAGGGGUUGGGGGGGGGGAGCUGAAUCUGAGGGGGCAGAGGAACAUCUUGGAACCGGGAGGAAACGCAGACCUGUUUACCCUCAAACUCUUUAAAUCGUACAAUAUCAUCAAAAAUCAAUCAAUACAUUAUCUUAAUAGUAAACUAAACACCAGUAUAUAUAAUGUAUACACCUCAAAAUCAGUACGAGUAAACAGGUCUGGAAAUGGAUUAUGAUUAUGAAAUCAUGUUAUGUUACAUGUAGGGCUUUUUGUGUCUGAGUAAAUUUAGUAAAUGAAAACACACUCUCCAAUGCAAAUAAAUGACCAAGUACUGGGAAAAUGCUUAUGAUUAAUUAUUGACUUAUUGAAGUUAUUGGCCUUCACCCUCCUCAAUGGUGCAAACAGAUAUAAGAACAAGUAAAGUUAUGUUCUCUGCGCCACUCAUUUCCCUGUUACUGUGUGUUUGCACUACUCUUUUUUUCAAUGCCAUGAGUAUGAUGGCAGACAUGUCCAAAAACAAUAGUCAAAGAUUAAGUCACAUCUGCUAAAUUGGGGAAGAGAAAGGGAGAGAAUCUGGGUAAAUUUUUGGUCGCUGAUUAACGGUAUGGGUUUUGCCAAUAGCUGUCUCUACUUCCGGCUGCAACAAGAUGGCGAAAGAAAAAAAAUAUACAAAAACAAAUAUAGCACAAGUGGAAGGAAACUUGGAUUUACAAGAAAUUAAUUGAUGGAACUGGUCCUGGUCCUUUCUGUGGAAUAUAUCCUUAAAAAUCUGCAUAGAAUCAGAAUCUUUGUUUCGGAUAAGUAAUUUCCUUUCAAUAAAAUUUCGUCUACAAAAUCUCCAUUAUCAAUAUGCAAAGGAUAACUUCCAGCCACAACAAGAUGGUGGUAUAAUAUACACAAAAGGCAUGGGUGCCGCCAUGCGACAACUGCCCUAGAUACGCUACAUGUACAUGAGAAUAGAUUCGCAAUCCAUACCGGAUCAGCGUCGCCCGGGUUACCAAGGACCGCGCCUACCGUCGUUGACCGGGACGGAGAUGGAAAAUAUGCUAUUGGUCAGCCAAGAAACCGUAUCAGUGCCAGGAAUAACAUUACACUAGGGACAUGGAACUUGAGAUCGUUGAGAGAAACGGGCAAGGUGGAGGAAUUAGUUCAUGAAAUGAGCAGAUACAGAUGGGACAUCCUAGGUCUGUGUGAAAUGAGAUGGAAAACUUAGGAGAAAUAUCGACCCAGGAGGGCCACAUACUGUAUUUUAGUGGACGGGAGGACACACACGAACAAGGAGUUGGCUUCCUCGUCCACAAAAACAUUAAGAACAGUAUUAUGAGCUGUCGACCGGUUUCGAGUCGGCUUGUCGACCGGUUUCGAGUCGGCUCAUCACUCUUCGUCUAAGGGCAACACCAUUCAACAUUACCAUCGUGCAUGCGUAUGCACCAACUACAGAUUAUACUGACGAAGAAGUGGACGACUUCUACCAUUAGCUACAGGAUGUGAUAAACCAAACACCCAAGAAGGACGUUUUCGUUGUUUAAGGUGAUUGGAAUGCCAAGGUUGGAGAAGAUGCUUAUGAAAACUGGAAAGGAUCGUGCGGACGCCACUGUAACGCAACUUCAAACGAGAGAGGUCUGAGGCUUUUGGAAUUCGCCAGCUUCAACAAACUCAUUCUGGCCAACACAUUGGGUGAACAUAAAAUGUCCAGGAAAACCACAUGGCACAGCCCCAAUGGGAAAGACCACAACCAGAUUGACUACAUCAUGUUGCAAACACGCUUCCGGUCUAGUAUAAACAUUGCCAAUACUCGCAGCUUCCCUGGAGCUGACAUCGGGAGCGACCACGACCUAGUCUUGAUGACCUUUAGACUGCACUUUAAGAGGGUAAACAAAAAAGGAAAUACCAGAAUCAAACUCCACCUUGAAAAGCUGAAGGAUACUAAAGUAGCAGAAGCCUUCCAAGCAUAAACAGGAGGAAAAUUUGCAACGCUUAACAUCAUAGAUGCCGACUGUUCAGACAUGGACACAUUGAUUGAUAACUUCAACACAGCUGUGUCCGUCACAGCUCACGACAUCCUCUGUAAACAUCGAACAACCCGAAAACCAUGGGUGAAAGCUGACAUACUUGAUCUGUGUGAUAAACGGAGGCAGGCGACUAUUUAUGUUUAACUUAACAUUCUUUUUUAAAAAACAAAACAUUUAAUUUUAUUGUAAUGCCCUUUGAUUAGGCAUAUGAGAUGAUUAACAUAUUAAGGGGGUCAAGGAAAUACCAAACCAUAUGUCCUAUGCCCUAAGAUACUCACAAGAUUGCUCAGACAGACUUAAGGAUGUAUUACGCAGCUAAUUUUGUUAAAAUGGCGGCCAAAUUUUCAGGGUCAUGUUUAUUGAUUUUUGUUGUUGAAAUAAGUGACUAUGAUAUAUUUGGAUUAAUAGCAUAAAGGCUUUACUUUAAAUACAAAAAUAUAUUUGUGAUAACUGCAAGUUAAAAGUAUAUAUGAUUUAUAAAUUUUGAAGAAAGGAAUACUGCUUUUUGCCCCUACAGCUACUUCAUAAAUGACCUAGAGCUUUUUAGCCUUAAUUUUAAUUUAUUUACUUUGUUAACACACACAAUGAACUGAACAAUUAUUAUUUUUCCAGCUGUACCCUUCGGACUUGAAUCAAAUAUUGCUUAAUGACUUUUUGUGUGUCUUUUUUGGAGAUUAUUUGAAAGAAAAAUGUGCAUAUUUAAUAAAUGAUGAACUUUUUCAUUACCAAUUUUUUUUGUUUCAGUUAUCCUCAUUGUAUGAAAGCAAACCACCUGUGUCCAGGGCUAAGAUGGCCCAGGUCACAAAAUGUGCUAUUAAAGCAAUAAAAUUCUACAAGCAUGUUGUACAGAGUGUGGAGAAAUUUAUACAAAAGGUAUUCAUUCAAUCCAAAUUCAUGGCACUUAUCAGAAUUAAAACAUUUCUAAAUUCCAUACUUACAUUAAAGUAUUGCAUUAAAUUAUCAAAGUAACAAAUAUUUGUGCUUGUUUAGAUCAUUUGUGGAAUUUUUGUACAUGACUCAGUAAAUAUUUUAUUAUCUUAAUUUCAAUUUCGCAGUGCAAACCUGAAUACAAAGUACCUGGUUUGUAUGUGAUUGAUUCAAUAGUACGUCAGUCAAGACAUCAGUUUGGUCCAGAGAAAGAUGUUUUCUCUCCAAGAUUUACUAAGAACAUUGUAGGCACAUUUGUAAAUCUUUUCAAGUGUCCAGUGGAAGAGCGAGUGAGUAUAAAUAAACAGUUUGAAUAACUAUGAUAAUGAAUUUUAAAGAUGUAUUUUUAAAAGUUUUUUAAAAAUAUUUAUACAUUGCAGAUUGAUACCAAUAUUUAACAAUUUCAGAGUCGUGUUGUUCGAGUUUUAAAUUUAUGGCAAAAGAAUUCAGUUUUUCCAAUGGAGGUUAUACAACCACUUCUUGAUCUUGCUGCCGAUCCAAAUAAUGGUGACCUGGUUACAGCAGGUGAGUUUGAUGUUUUCAUAUCUUUUAUCUCUAUGCAGAGAAGCUUUCUUUAGAACAUACAAUAAAGGCAGUCAGCAGAUGUAACAGUUGUCACAUUCAAUGUUCACUUAAAUGUAUAAUCCCUUGAUCUUACUUCUUCAGCUCAAAGAUCUGUAGAUGCUGUUGUUAGCGUUACUCAAAAAGUUCCAUUACCAGGUGUUCACCCUAGCAAUAAUGGAGGUGACUCUAGCUCAAAUCAGCUGCUUCAGCAGACUGAGAUGCUAAGUACUAUCACUAAACUCUUGCAACAGGCACAGGAGGUUAGUGAGAGAAUUAUUUAUUUCUGUUAUUCUCUUAUUUUUUAAUGAAAAUAAAAUAUGGUCAUAAUGCGAAGUAUAAAAGCUUACAUUAGAAUAAAAAUUAAUUAAAGGAUGUACAAGAUACAAAUUAUAUUUCCCUCAUUUUUUUAUAACUUAAUCUAAUUAUUUUAUUAUUUGUACCUUGAAUCCUGAAUUUUAACAAAAUUAAAAUGCCUAUUUGUUACAACAUGUCACCAAUAAAUCAUUGUAAUAUCAACAUAUCUUUGCUGUCGUAAAUGGGAAAAACUAACUCAGAUAUUAUUUGUAGUUAGGUUUCCUCAAAUAUAUCAAAUUUCCUUAAAACUGCAUGGGGACUGGCGUUGGUCUUCAGCAAAAGCCUAGAAAGGCAAAAACAACACUAUCACCCCGAAUGGAUGGGACUAUUUAACCUUGGUUGGCAAGUCAUCUAUGAGAAGGCAAACUCUGAAAUAAUAUACGGAGAUGGACUUCCCGAAGGCGGUAUAUCAUUGACACAAUGAAAAUUCAGACAGCUCCUGUAACGUCGAAUGCAUAAAGAGCACAGUGAUGCACAAGAAACACCCCUGGUCUAUUUCAUGUCCUCUUCGCUCAGUCUUGCCAUUAGAACAAAUAAGCAAGGAAUAGAGAGUGAAGCUGAUGAACUGAGCAACUUUCCCUCAUUUAAACUAAAUACAGCCCAAGUCAAGGCUACUACUCAAGUCGCAUCCUUUAUCAUCUUCGCAUGCAAAGGACAAUCAAUGAAAAUAAAAUAAUCUCCACAGAAACUUUCAUUUACUUUUCAGAUUUUUAAAGUUGUUUUUUUUUUGUUGAGUUAAUGAUUACUUACAGCAAUUUACUGAAAUAGCUGCUUAGCCUUAUGGUGCUUACUGAUUUAAUAACAAUCCUUUAUGAUAGAUAAUUUACAAAAAUUUUGGCUUAUAUGGCUAAUUUUAUUUAUUAACAGGGAUCUAUCACAGGCGCAGCUCCUGAAUCUCAGUUGCAGCAACUUCAACACCUUCAACAGCAACUGGUCAUGCAGACUGAGAGAAUAUCUAAACCUCAACAGUCAACCCCUCCUAUUGAUAGCAAUCUGCUUGCUCAAAUACAGAUGUUAACUAAUCAGUUGCUUAGUAAGACUGGUGGGACAGACUCUGCAGGGGAUGCAGGAAAGUUACAGAAAGCAGCUGAGCCAUUAUUCAAUAAGGUAAGUUGAUUUUUAUAUUUUAGCUUAACAUAUCAAAUUUCACAUUGUUAUAGCCUGUAUGUUUACAUAGUUUUUGCUUACCACAAGCUGUGGCAUUCAACGUUACCUCCUCUCCUCCUUUUUAUUGUUUUGAUAUUGACGUCACCUAUUAAAUGUGUAGUGCCAAUCCUUUUUACCCACCCCUCCCUUGACUGAGAAUAGGUUGUUUACAUUUAGAUAUGGUUUACUUUGUUCUAAAGAAUGCUAUUAGGUGAUGCAAUUUAUAGAUUUUAUUUUCUGAAUAAGUAUUUAGUUGAACUUUCUGAUUUUUGAGGCCCAGAUAAGUCCUAAUACAUAUUUGAAUAAGAUUCAAUGUGAAAAUGCCUUAAGGCAUAUUUCAAGGUCACAUAUUUGUAAAGCAAUCUCUCUUAGAAAAAAAAAGAAUUGCUAUAAAUUGACAGAACAGGGUAAGCUGUCAUUAAAAUGGUGAGAUGAGCAAAAAAUGCUAUAUGCAAUUUUAUUAGCUGGUAUGAAGACCAGCCAGCCAAUCUCAAAGCUUAUAUUAUCGGGCUUAUGGAUCAGACUCUUGUCUUUUUCACCCUAAUGCCGUCUCAAGAGGUUUAAGAUAUUUAGAUCCAUUUGUAAUAAAAGUAUUAAAUGUAUUAGUUUUUUUUUUUUUUAGUAAUAACAGUUAUUUAAAGUGCCUCGGCAAUUAAAUGUUAUUAAAAGCACAAUGAUUUAGUGGUUUUUGACAUGAUAAAAAUUAAAUUUGAAACAAUUGAUGGAGAACUAAAAGGUCAUGUAAGCUGCCAAAUGGGUUAGUUAAAUACUGUGCACAACAUAACACGAAUAGGAUUAUUUUUUGGGGUAAGACAAAAUAAUGUGCACAACAUAACAUAAAAUGAUUAUUGUUUAACUUGAAAAAAAACAACCUUGAUAAGGUCCUUCAGCUUAAUAACAUCAAAUUCAUUUAAAUGUAUUAAUUAUUAAGAAUAUUACAGUUGACUUGCUACAACUAUCUCUAAUGAGGUUCUAGAAAUUAAAUUUUUAAAGAAUGAAAAUGUUGACUCACAACACAGUCGAACCCGCUUAUCUCGACCUGGGUUAACUCGCCAACCCUGUUAUGUCAAUAUUUUUGAAGCCCAACCGCCAAAUUCUCUCUUUGCUUUAGCAUUUUCUCCUUGGUUAUGUCAAUUAUGUCGCCGAACCCUGAUAUCUCUAGCACAAAAGGCGACCAAAUUUGCCACUUAACCUCGGUUAUCUCUAUCCCCAUGACCAAUCGCAGGCUUUUGAACUCCGCAAGAAGAAAUAGCAAACAACAAAUAAACAAGUUUUUCAUAAUUAAAAAUUAUUUAUUUCUCAAAAUACAGGACUUGUGUUUUAGAAUGAACCUAGAAGUAAUUUAAAUAAAUAUGUUUUAAUUCCAGAUUUAUAAAUCUGGUAGAGUCCAUAUUAUAAAUAUGAUCAUAAUUUGCAGUGUGCAAAACGUUGUCAUGGGCAGCCAUUCACGGUCACUUGCAUAAUGGCUAUACCGAGGUACUACGUCAUAGUUUCAUUCAUAAGAGUUUGCUGUGAGCAAAAGCAAUUAAACCAUUGGUCAGGGAAAGCUUUAAUUAAAUAGUCAUGUGCCAAUGUUGAAAUUUCAAAAUAAGUAGUCCCUAAAUAGUAUUGUAGUAAUAAGGGGAUGCGUUGCCUUAUAUAAACUAUAUAGUCCUUGCGCAAGAUGCGAUCAGCAGAAUGAGGUCACAAAAUGUGGAAACAAUUUGAAAUUUGCUCUAAAUAACUGUAAUAUUAAAAAAUUAUUUUUUUUAAUGAAGUACCUGCAUUUAUUAAUGCACAUCAUGUACAUAAAGAAAUUUCAAGCACAUGUUAGUAUAUGGCUUGCCAUUUGGUUUUCGUUAUCUCAAUCAUCGGUUAUCUCGACACUUUUUGUCAAACCCGUCGACAUAACCGUGUUCCACUGUUAUUCAUUUUCAUAAAUUUUGAACAUGCAUUAUAUUUAAUUUAGAUUUAAAUAACUAAUUUAACAUUCUUUACUUAUUAACUACAACAGAAAUUGUUGGACUUCGACUAUGGGGACAGUGAUGAAGAAGAUGAUAGGCAAGAUCAUCACCACCAUCAUCAUCACCAUCAACCUCAACAACGACAGCCUUUGAUGAUGCAGCAAAAGUAUGAUUGCAUAGACACCACUUAUAAUUCUAUAGUUGAAAAAUAUUUUAAUUUCUAAAUCAAAUUCGCCACAUUUCCAACUUGAAUAAUAAGAUAUAUCAAUGAUUGUUUUACACAAUAGUUUCUUAAAGUAGUUUAUUUGACUUUUACAGCAAUAUCCCUGGGCUAAUGCAAGAUUCAGAUAUCCUUCAUCAAAUUCAGCAGAUGUCACAGCAGCAGGAACAACUUCAGUCAGAGAUUGGUGUCCAGGAUCAACUGCGCAGACGUUUGUUGGAACAGCAGCAGCAGCAGUUUGACAGGGAGAUAGAGCAGGUUAUUAUACAAUUUAUUUUAAAUUCUCAUUUCUUAAGGUUUUUUGGGGAAUAACUAAGAUUUACCUGGAGUGCUUCAAAUUUUGGGAAUUUCCUAUGCAUUUUUAUUAAGUAUAAACUUUUGUUUAGGUGGCUAUGAUGGGUCAACAAGAUGGGUACAACAGCCAAGAUAUGGAUAGUAGGCAUGGAGAUGAUCAGGAGGAAAGAGAUGGCAGAGAUCGAAUUGACCGUAGAAGGCACAGGGAUUCUAAAGAAAGAUCAAGGUUGUUUAAUGUGUUACUUUAACUUUAGCAAUACUACCAAUUGAUUACAUAUGCUGUUUAACAGGUUUUUAUCAUUCAUCUGAAUCUUUGUAUUUAAUUAAUAAAUAAGUGGUUAACUGAUAAAUUUAGAACUGCUUUUAAUGAGAAUUUUUUUUCUAGCAUUUUAAAACAUAUUUUGACAAUACAUCAUAUACAUUUUAAACCAGAUCACCGCGAAGAAGACCGAGGCGUUCCAGAUCCCGCUCUAGAGAAAGGAGACGAAGAUCAAGGUCAAGAGAUAGGCAUAGGCGAUCAAGGUAAUAAAUAAUAUACACUUUUGAGUUAUUUUAUUUUAAUUUUUAAAUGGGCUUUUCCUUUUUUUUAAACAACCUUCUUGUAGAAAUAUAUUGAAAUUAGUUUGAAUUAACAUUAAUCAUAUAAAUUUUGAAAAGGAAUGUUGAAGUCUGAAUUAAAGUACAUUUUAAAUUAUUAAUCUUUUGAAAAAUUAUUGAUACAUGCUUAUUAAAAUGGUAAAAAAAUUCUUAAAGGUCAAGAGAUAGGGAGAGGAGAGAGAGAGAGAAAGAACGAGAAAGAGAAAGACGUAAAAAAGGACUACCUCCUGUCAGAGAUCAUUACAUCAGCAGUAAGUUAAAUGAAGACUGAAUAGUAUUCAUGAUUUUUAAUUAUAUUAAGUACUCACUGAGAGGGAAAAGUGUUUACUUGGAAAUGUAUUGUGCAUGGCAAGGGUAAGGGACGGUAUCUAAAUAUUUUUAAAGGCUAUAAAAUAUCACCACCACAAUUCGUAAUGAUCAUGAUAUUGCUUUGUUUUUUCGCAAUGAACUUGCUAGAUACAGCAACAGUAUUAUUUAGCGUAUUUGCGCUAAUGAAAAAUUUAAUAAGUAUUCGUUUUUGUUUGUUCCAGUGCUGUAUGACUAGUUUUGUGACAUAAUUAUUUCAUUCUUCAGCUGAACGGGGGCGAUUGCGAAAAUGUGUUUUCACAUUUUUGGACAAGUAUAAGUGGGGUUAUGCAAUAUGACAUCAUAUUAAAAAUCUGUCAAUUAUUUUCCUUUUUGGCAUAAACGCACAUUAGAAAUAGAAAUAUUGCAUCACUUUUAUAUUCUAUAGAAAUAUUGCAUCACUUUUUUGUGACAGUACGUGCCAUUUCAUGGUACCUGUCCCUUGUUUAUACUGAUUAAAAAAUAUAUCAGAAUAAGUUAAAAAUUAUAAAUCAAUUUUACUCUUUAGCAACUACUACUGUAAAAUUAUUUAUAUGAAUACAGCUCGGUAAAGGGAACAUAAUUUUCCACAAACAUUACGAUUAAGUGUGGAAUGAUGCUAAACUAUAUUUAAGUAUAUGCAAAAGUGCAUCCCUGCAUUUUGAAUUCAUAAAAACAAUUCUAAGAAAGUGGCUCAGCCUUCUCCCCAAAGCCACUUUUGCUCAGGUGACUUCAACAGGCGUCCUCUACCUCAUCUUCGUCUAUUAAAAAAAAACAUCUGUGUUUACUACAGUGUCAUACAGAAAAUGGGCUAUAGAUUGAUCUUUUCUAAAUGAGGCUUCAAACAAAGACACAGCUUCACACAUCAUAUACAGCACACUACAGUUUGUGCACAGCAGGCCUGUUAACACAAAAUAGUACAAUAUAGUCUCAAAAUAGUACUUACCAUCUCAAAAUCGUACAAUACCAUAUUGUAAUUGACCGUAUUUUUUAGUUUGCAGUAUGACUUUGUGGUUUGGUCAUUUAACCAAACAUACAACAGAGGAAGAGUUACGUGAACAUAUUGAGAAAUAUGGGACUAUCAAGACAAUUAAUGUAAGUGUUCUAUAUUUUAAAAUAUUCUCAUCUUCAUUAUUAAUUUUGUGGGCAGUUCAUGGUUUGUUCUUGUUCUAAGCUUAUGAAUAAAAUAUUUUGAAUGUGUAUUAUGACACUAAGCAUUAUUUACAGAUUUCUAUUUAAAAAGAAUGACCUAAUUGUAGCCUAAGUUCAUAAUUUUAUAUUCAGAUGAUUCCUCCUCGGGGCUGUGCAUUUGUUUGUUUGACCAAGAGAAAAGAUGCCUUCAAAGCUUUAGAUAGACUAAAGGGUGUGAAAGUCAAUGGAAAUGCCUUAAAGGUAAUUAAUUGCUUGCUAUUUACUUGGCAAUCUCUUCUUGUCUGGUGAUGGCCAUCUCAGAAUAAUAAUUGUGUUUCCUUUGUGUAAAUUACUGGGUCUUAACCGUCUGCAUGGUACACAAUUUAUUCAUCAAACGCUGACAUUCAUUAUUCAUGUACUGUCCAGUUUGUCUAUAAAAAUGAAAAAGGUGCUGGAAUUCAGAUUGGUGAGAGCCCAAUUUCGAAAUGUUUAAAUUGCAACUAGAAAAUGGAAAACCUGUAGAAAUUUAUGGGUGAAGCAGACCUGUUUACCCUCAAACUCUUAAAAUCGUACAAUAUCAUCACAAAAUCGUUCAAUACCUUAGAUUUAUAGUAAAAAAUAAACAUACAGUAUAUAUAAUGUUUACACCUCAAAAUCGUACAUUGUACGCCAAAAUCGUAAGAGUAAACAGGUCUGGUGAAGUGAAUUUUUAUUAAUAGAAAUGCACCACGCAAGUUUUGUGUUUUACUGGGGGUUUAUACAUUAGAUAAAUGGUCUUCUAUAUCUGUUUUGUUAACUAAAACUUUUAAAAGAGGAUUAAGUUCUUUGGAAAAUAAUGUAUGGAGUAAUAUUUAAAGUUUAUUUCCUAUUUCACUUUAAUUUGUUUUCUUGUUUUAUUCAUGUUAUUAAUAGGUUGCAUGGGCACCUGGGAUUGGCGUAAAAGAGUCCGUUUUUAAAGAUUUGUGGGAUGUAGAGCAUGGUGUGACUUAUAUCCCUUGGGAACAAUUGCCCUCUGAUGUUACACCUCUUGUGGCUGGUGGCAUGCUUGAUAUUGACUCAUUACCAGAAAAGUUAAAAGGUGAGUAGUGAUAGAUGAUUUGGCCUUAUUUUAUUUUUUAGAAAUAUGUGUCCCUGUACACUGGUUAUCGACAAGAGUGAGCCAUUUAUUUAAAAUCUUUCUUCAUUAUUAGUAUUAUUAAUUCUAAAGAUGAAGCUUACUUACGUUCAUUGCUCUGUUUUGUGUUUGCUUUUAGACACUUUUUAUUCACAUAGCAAAUCCAUAUAUUACCCUUUUAUCCACAAUUAGUCAAUUAGCGUUAGCACAACAUGUAAAGUGGGUUAUCAUGCAUGAGAAAAAACAAGGGGGAAAAACUUAAUAAUUGAAGCAUUUGACUUCAUAUUUUCACAAGACACAUAAAUGAUUAAAAUUCUUUUAUUUUACAUUAAUUUUUUUUUAUUAUGAUGCAUAUACAUUGGAAAACAAUUAUAACAGGAAUUCGACAAUAUGCUGACCUUACAAACAACACUCCCUGACCUUAUAAAUGUUAAGUUAACAAGACUACCAACCAACCAUGUCAGUUCUCUCCUCACUGAUCAGGGAGCAGUUUAUUAUCUCAACUAUAUACUAAUCAAUUUUCAAUGGCACUCAAUAAACAUUUUUUAUCUUAGGAAUCAACAAUGGGGAGGAAGAAUCUGAAGAAACACCACAGCAACAGCAGCAGAUCCAGGGAAUGGAUGGUGGUAUGAUGAUGCCACAGCAGCCACCACCUCCACAACAAAUGCCCAUGAGCUUAUCUGGACAACCACCCAAUUUCCCUAUGCCGGGUAAAAUAUUUUAAAAAUUUGCCCGUAAAUAUAGUGAAGAUUUUAUUAUAAUCCUGUUUUAACUCAAACUAUUAGUCACAUUACCCAUUAGUUAUAAAUUAUAUGAAUUUCUUUUCCUAGGUCAAGGCCCGUUAAAUCUAUUAGGUCCUGGAGGUCACCUAAGCAUGUUAACAGGUCCGCCACCAAUGGGAUUAAGGCCAGGUAUGGGAGCUCCAAAAAAUAUCAACUUACCUAACAUGGGAGGUCCUAACUCAAUGGGUGGACCUAACCUUGGAGGCAUUCCAGGAUUGGGUGGACCUCGACCAGGAAUGCCAGGAGCAGGGAUGAGACCAGGACAAAUGAAUAUGGGGCCACAGGUAUGUGAAACUAGAUAGUAUAAUUAGUACAUACCUCUCGGGGGGAAUUCAGUUUUACAUGAAAUUUGCACACAUUGUUUGUUAAUGAAGUAUUUUCGCCCCAGUAACAAUAAUUUUUUUUAAUCAGCUGAUUCAGUCAAAUAUAAAGAGCAAAUCACAGUUAAAAAUGGGACCUUAAAAUCUAUGAAGACCAAGUUGUAACUAAAUAUUUUUUUAAACUGUUAACAGUGAUUUCCACUAAAUUGUUUUACCUUUACGUCAGCCUAUUUUUAAGGAUAAAGCUAAAAGAGAAAUAAUAAUUUUAUUUAAAUCAGCGUGGCUGACCCAUAUAUUAUACUAGGGAUUGGUGCCAGGUCUAUUCAUUAUAAUUUAAUUUAACCAUAAAUAAUCAUGCCCUGACCACCAAAAUAUGACUCGCAGACAGGUGCUGGUUUGCAGACCACCAUUUAGCAAAUGCUGUUUUAGAUAACUUAAUUUGUUAAAGUUGUGAUAAUAAUAAUUAGUUAAGCAUAAGCACAUUUAGAAUGGUUAGUUCACUGCUGUUGGGGCUAUAGGGAUUUAAGAUGCCAAUUUAAUAAUUUUAAAAAAUGGGGUUGUCAUUUUCUACCUACAGUACAUGCAAAACUCUAAAUAUGUGCCUGCAUUCACAAUAGUUAAUUAUAAUUUUGAUUUUCUUCUUACAAAACCAUAAUGAAAUUUAAUCAAGUACUAAAAUCCCUUUCAUUUUUAUUUAACAAAUGAAAGACUUGUUUAAAUAUAUACAUACAGUAUUAACUCCAACACUGACUAUAAGGUACAGCACAUUUGGGGGCUGUUUGCCCAGAGUCUUGAUUGCUGAGAUUAACCAUUUGUGAUUUGUAAUAUUAUGGAACAGAGAAAAAGGUUACAUUAUCAGUUUUAAUGCAAACAGCAAAUGAUGUGAAAAUUGGAAAGCACUAGGAAAAGUGGAUAAUUAUGCAAGUAUAGUUAACACUUUAAAUCCACAUAGUGCAUAGAGUUUAUAAAAAAAUUCCUUACAUAUGACUUUUUCCUGCAGCACAGUGAAAAAUGAUGUUGAAAGACUUUUAACUCAAUAAUUUUGUGAAGUCUGAUGGUAUUGAUUUCACUUCGUUAAUUUAAAUACAGGAAUAAGUAUUACUAUAGCUGGCAUAAUAAUUGCUUGCUUUCAAAUUCAUCAUUUGAGGUACCGUAAUUUUUUGACAAACUACUAUUGAUCUGGGUUUUUUUGUUGUUUUUUUAAACUCAAAUAUUUGAUGGAAAAUCAGACUUUAAACAAGAUAUUUUAUUUAAAAGUUGUUAUUUAUCCAUUUGGGAAGGAUGUAAACACAUUAGAAUGCAUACAAAACUAAGAGGAGAUAAUUUAUGCAUUUUUUUUUUUUUGCUAUGGCAUCAAGUAGAAAUAAAGGGUAAAAUUUGUUGUCACCCAUCGGCUUUGCAUGGAUAUUAAGUUUUACUAAGAAUGGGAAACCUGAUGCAGAUAUCAAGGCAAGAAUACAGAAGGCAAAUAUGGAGAAAAACAAAAAUAGAAUAGUAAUUAAAAGGUUAGGUCAGAACUCCAUUAAUCUAGUGAUAAACUGUAAAUUGAAAUAUUUAAGGUUUGCAUUAUUCUGUUGAUUUUUUCAAGUAAAAAAUAGUUAUUGGACUUAAUAUCUCUAAUAAUGCAUAAUAUUCAAUCAUAUGAAUCCUUAUGAAUGCACAACAAUUGAGGUAGCUGUUCCUAGAAAACCGUUUUGUCCCAGCUGCUUCGUAGAUUAGUUGCGAGAUAGAAACCCACUGUAGAAAUCACUAUUGGAAAGCGUCUGGUGCUUUCCAGGCAUGGAAGGGGGAAGAUUUUUGGAUGUAAAUAUAACAACCCGACUCCUGGGAAAGUCAACUGCUGGCGCUGUGAGAGCAGUGACACUGUCCUUUGGCUGGGGUGGCCUCCAUUGGUUCCCGAUCUAGUGUGUGCUGGCGGGAACUUGACUGGUAAAGGGAGAUCUCUGCGGCCCAAUACUCUAGCUCAGCAUGCUUUGUUUCUAGCCAUUUCCUAAUGUGCAAUCCUUAUGAAUAUUGCAUGUCCUGUUUUCCAAUCUGUAAAACUAAAUUUAGAUUGACUGUAAGCAAAAGAAUUUCAUGGAAGCCACUCACAAAAUGCUCUCAGUUGUGCUUUUUUUCUCCGUUGAUAUGCAAGUGAUUUUCUCUGAGUUUUUAAGUAUCAUAUUUUUUUUUAACCAUACAAACUAAUAAUGAUAAUAAUUAUACACAAUGGUCAUAUUUAACUUUAAAAUUUUUAUUUUUUAAGGGUCCAAUGGGCAACCAGAUGAUGGGAGGACAAGGUAACCGCAUUGGUGGAGCCCCCAGCCCAAGGAUGGAUAUGCACUCAUCUCCGAUGGGAAUGAAUUCAAGAUCUUCACCAAUGGGAAUGAACUCGCCAGGUCCAAGAGGGCCCUUUCCUCCUUUUGGCAAUAUGCCACGGUUUCAAAUGCAAGGUCCAGGUAGUAUGAGGCCGCCAUUUUUUAAUAAUGAAAGAAAUGAUGAUCACCCUGGUAUGGGCGAUAGGGACAUGAGAGGCAUGGCUGAACCCAAGGAGUGGCCACCUGAUGAUGAGGUCAAUGCAGAGGAUGAACCAGAUGAAGACAUGGAUUCUGAUGACAGGAUGCUGCCCCCAGGAGGUCAGAUGCGUAUGCCUAGAUCUGGAAUGCACAAUCUCAGGGCUAUUGGUGGUCCAUUUAGAGGCCAUGGUUCCAUGAUGCCUGGGCAGGGUCCACCAAACCAAAUGCUGGGAAUGUCAAGAGCUCAGAGCCCUAAUACAGGGAUGCCCUCUCUUUUGUCUUUGCGCAUGAUGCCUCCAGGCCAACAGCAAGUCCUUGCUGUUCAAGGUGGGCCAAGUCCAGGUUUUGCUUUGGCACCCAGUGGAGUAAGACUGCCAAUGUCUGCUGUGGGGGUGAGGCCUGGUUUAGUGCAGACAGCAGCAUCUCCUCGGUUGCUGCCACCUUCUUCUGGAGCACUUCCUGUUUCUGUCAGUGUAAAUGGGUCUGUUGUGGUUACAAGACCUGGAUUACCUAAUUCUAAUGUGGCUAUUAGUGUACAGGGAUCUGGAAGUCCAGAUAUAAAUAUGCCGAGCUCUGAUAUGCCUCCGCCUGAAGAGGAUAUGAUGGGAAAUCACCAAUCUGGGCCAGUGCCUCUAAUGCAGAUUCAAGGAGGUAAUCGUCAACCAGUAGGCCCUAUUUUAGGGAGAGGGUUUGCACCUAUGACCAUCAGACCAAGAGGUGGUCCUGGUCUUUUAGGUUUACGUCCUGGUGCACCAGGAUCAGGAGGUUUCUCUAGGUUUGGUGCACCACGUCCUCUCAUGGGACCAGGAUUUGGAGGGAUGGACAGACCUCCUUUUGGCAAUAGAUUUGGGGCCCCAUUACGCCCACCUGUUGGUUUCCUGGAUCAAGAUGAAAGAGAAGAUAAAGAUGAACGUAAGCCUUUGCCCAGAAUUGAUUUAGAUGAGAUUGCAGUCCCUGGAGAUAUGGAUGAACGUAACAGGAUAAAAGAUAUUGAUGAAAGAAAAAGUACUGAGGAGAAGGUUCACCAAGACUUGGAUGAAAGGCAAGAUGUAGAUGAAAGGCCAAAGCCGGUACGUUCAUCUGGUCGACCCAGCCGUUGGUCUAACGUUGGGGGAUCUGAGGAAAUUCUUCCAACGGAAACUUCUAAAUUGGGACAGGAGGGUCAAAUUUCAAAUUCUGAAUUUGAUAAUUCGAGUCAAGACUUGAGCUCAACUACCUCAGAAUUUCCUGAGCCUAAACUCUUGCCAGAAGAAUUACCUCCUGCUGCUGCACCAAUAGAUGGACCGUUUGUAUCAGAUACAAAUGAUGCUCCAGUUUUACAAACAGAUACCCCACUUAAAAAUGUUGAGGAUUCUGCCGAUAUACCAACUAGCCUGGUGCUAUCAGAGAGCUCUGAUGCUAGCAUAAUGCCAGUGGUGUCACUGUUAGCAGAUAACACUCUGACAGAUGAUUCAAUGUUAGUUGAAUCAACUGAUAUGGUUGAAGAUAGUAAAACGCAAGAUUCAACUUCACCUAACAAUCUAAACCAGCCAGAAGAUGCAAGUGAUUCCAUUGAGGAAGCGUCUUGAAAAUAAUCAGCUAAUUAAAAAGUAUUAGAGGGCUUCAGAUCUCUGAAUGAAUUAAAGCGAAUGCUGCUAUUGUCAUGAAAAGGAGUAUUGUUAUAAUAGUGCUGGAUGUUGGUGUUUUUUCACAAUGAUCCCCUUUUCCUUUCAAUUUAUUUCGAAUUCAAAAUAUCUGCAUAUAUUGUUAUCACAUUUGUUUCAAAACUAUCAGAAUUUUCCUCAUGAGUAUCAAAAUCAAUUUAUAGAUGUUUUUUAUUAUGGCAGACCUAAAUGUUAAGGGAAUGUAUGUAUACUGGGAUGACAUUCACCUCAUCUCCCCUGACUACUCUGUAUACUGUUACCGAAUUUGAAAGAUUAAUUUAUUGCAAAUAAGGUUUUUUCUUAUUAGAAAGUAUGAAAGUCUGUGCUUAGUUUAUAAACUUCUGCCUGAGUACAAGACUAUAGAAGUAGAAGAAGGUCAAACUAAAACAUUUGAAUGGCAAUGCUUUUGUGCUGCAAAACAUUGAAUAGUGCUGUAUUUAAAUUGUUUUAUUGAAAAUUUUAUACCAAUUGUACUAAAAUGUAAAUGUAAGCAUAUUUUUAUCACUUUUUCCUGUGUAAAGAAUUGUGUCCCAGUACUGCAAUGUUCAUUUUUUAAUUUUAAUUAUUUUUUUUUUAAAUUGAUGCCCACUUCCUUGUUUUUCUGCUCAAGUUUUUGCCCAUGGGCAUGUCGGAUAUUAUCAGUAUGAAUUGAUUAUUCGACCAAGUAUAAACCUGUGUUACAAUACCAUUUUGAAAAUUGUCCUGAAUGAGGGAUUAGAGUUUGAGACAUUCUUUCAAUAUUUCUUUUAACAUUACUCUGAUACUGGUAAUGUGCCCUGUGUAGAUUUUUAAAUCCUGUUUUGUUGAUUAUUCUUUAAUUACCCGGUAUAUAUAAUCUUAGGGAAUGUUCUCAAUUUAAUCUUAUUGAGCAGGAAACCCUGUUGCGGUAUAAUUUUUUUUUAUAGCUUUGAUAAAACCAUAAUUUGGCUCUGGUUAUUGACAUGGAGAAGAAAGAUGAGGAUAGUGAUUUUGGUUUUACACCGGGAAUGUUUUACAAUAGUCCCGACGCAGUUAUAUAUUUGACAUUCGAAGUUUAGUGUGGUCGUAUCGAAGUUCUGUUUACCUCGUCUUCGAAGUUCCAUAGCACUGUCCACACCUUUCUGUUUCUUUGUCUUGUUGAAUUUGAUUUUCGUCAUAAUUUUCUCAUAGAUUCAAUUUAAUAUCUUUUAAGUCCAAAUAGUCAAUUAGUUUUUCCAUUAUUAUCAGUCACAUAGUUUAUACAGUUAAAAAUUUCCCUCUUACACUGAAUGCUAUCUAUAAAUUUCUAUUUCUUAUGAUUUAGCUGUACCCCAGGGUAUUAGGAAAUUUUAAAAUUUAGAUAACUACAUUUCUUUUAAUACAGAGAAAUGGGUGACUUCAAUUAUCUACACAUUUUAUUUAUUUUUUUAAUUCUGAUGCUAAUAGUAAUAGGUUAUGGUAAAUAAAAAAUUAUCAAGACCCCUACAAUCAAAUCCUGUAUGCAUAAAUAGGCCAUUUUUUUAGCUGAUCCCUGGCAGUCCACACUAGUUCCAUAUUUCCCACCUUCUCUCAGUACCGGUACUAAUUAGUACUAUCACUAUAAAGAAUCACUGCUCCUAUCAGUUGUCAUUUCUCUUUUUGUUCAUCUCCUUUUGAGUUUAGGUUACGGUAAGUUUGGUGUCAUGUGACAAAUAGUCACUCAGGCCAGGCAUCCUACCAGACCCAUUAUCCGGACAUCUCAAAGUUUGGCUGCAACAUCAUCUUGUAAGGGGCCAUGAGCUUCAUUUGGUUGCAGUUUUGUUUUAAUUGUAAUGGGGCAAUUCAAUAAUAGCCUUUUUUUCACAGAAUGUUACUUCUUUUUUUGUCUUUCUACAUUUUUUUCUAUAAAGUGAUCAUCCCUCCCCAGUCUGUCAUGUCACUUAACAAAAUUUUAAGUAUAAGUUCCUUAUAACAAGUUUAAACUUUUGGGUUUAAAAAAAUUAUCCUCCAAAUUGUUGCUCCUGGCCCCAGGUAUGUAUCAGCCUGUGCCUAAUGUGCACAGUGCUGCUGCUUUUAUCUGUACAGUAAAUGAGUAAUCAACCUCACUCACUACUCUUAGACUUACGUACCGGUACCGUACCUUACUUGGAUCAUACAUUUAAAAUCGUAGUAUUUAAUUUUAUUUAUUUUUUUGAAUUGGUAGUGGUCCCAAAUUUGUCAAUUCCACAAACUAGUACUAGUAGAAUUAGAAAGGUGGCAGAGUAGAAGUAGAACACCCUGACUGAUAGGGAACACGGGUUCGGUAUUGUACAGUUUGACUAGAGACUAGAGUUCAGGAAGUUACAAUUUAUAGGCGUUGCAAGGGUCGGUCCAAGAUUGUUCACGAAUAAUGCCACACCUACAUGUAAAUAUAACUACGGUAUAUUACCGGUACCGGGUAAUAAAAACAACCACACACAGAGG